GCUGCUUUGUUUGUUCCGCACACGGCAGCAGCGCCGCACACACCCACUUUUUUUCCUUCUUCUUGUUCCAGAUACUUUUAACCGAGUACAAACCGACGGGUGAGUUGUCUACACCCGCAGCCGCUCGGUCCAACAUGGCCAAGUCAAAUGACCUUAAAAUCUUCCUUGAGUCUUCUCUGAAUGAGAUCUUCAAAGCGACGGUCAGCGACAUCCUGGACUCGGUGGACAGGACCCUGUCCGAGUACCAGGGCACGAUACAGAGGAUCGAGUCGGAGAACGAGGGCCUGAAGCGGCUGCUGUUUGCACAGAAGAGCUCGGAGUCUGCUGCCAGAGAUGUUCAUAAACAAGAUGCUCCUGAAAAGUUUUCCACGUCCGAAUGGAACGAUCGUCCCAUCCCCUCCACCAAGGGCUCGUUCAAGAUGUCCAUAUGCAGCAGCGACAAGAAGAGCUGCAGGAGGAAGCAUAAAGACAAGAUGAGGGAGCGCGCAUCCUCUGCCUCCUUUUUGCUGCAGACUGAUCUAGAGGGACCGUGUGUGGACACACCGGAGACAGGUGUCUCCACGCAAACCUUAAUAUCUGUAAAAACAGAGCCUGGCCUGGAGGAAAGCGGUGCUAUUGACCUCUCGCAGCCUUCAUCCCUCCUCAAUCUGACAGUAAGGCCAAUAAAAAACGAGAGCAGGGGGGUCAGCUAUGACAGUCGAGAUGCUUAUGAACCUCUGCCGCCAUCUCCAGGCCUGGAGCAAGACUCCAGAGGCAGUGACAGUGAGGUUAAAGUCACCAUUGUUUCUGACACUUACAUGCAGGAUGGACAGUUCGUUAAGACGGAGGAGGAGGAGCAGAACGGGGUGAUGUCCAUUGAUGCAUUGAGAUUUUACCCUGAAUCAGAAAUAGAUCCUGAUGGAGUGAGCAGAGAGGAUGAAGUAGUGGCUCAUGGGGAAAACGAGUCACCCGCCAUUCCUGCAGAUGAGUUUUUGGAGGUUCGUGACAACUUUUUGCGUUGUCCCACGUGUCCCAAAACAUUCAGUCGAGCCACCUCGCUCAACGUUCACAUGAAGACUCACAGCGGCGAGAAGGCGCACAGCUGCAGCUACUGCGGCAAGCGCUUCGGCCGGGCUGAUCUCCUCAAAUCCCACAAGCGCACACACACAGGCGAAAGACCCUACAGCUGUAACAUCUGCAGUAAAACAUACGCCCACCCCAGUCAGCUCAGGAUACACAAACGGGUCCACACUGGAGAGAAGCCGUAUUCCUGCUCGCACUGCGGGAAGCGCUUCAACGAGCACAACCAGCUCAAAGUCCACCUGCGGACUCACACCGGGGAGAGGCCUUACAGCUGCCAGGAGUGCGGCAAAACAUUCAGCAACGCAGGAAACCUGCGUAUACACGAGAGGAUCCACACCGGCGAGAAGCCGUACUGUUGCGCUCAGUGUGGCAAAAGGUUCAACGGCUUGGGCGACCUCAAGACGCAUUACAGGAUUCACACGGGAGAGAGGCCCUACAGCUGCGAGCUGUGCAAGAAGACGUUCAGCCAGGCGGGCCACCUCACCAUCCACAUGAGGAUGCACACAGGAGAGAGGCCGUACAGCUGCAACGAGUGUGGCAAGAAGUUCACGGUGGCCAGCAGCCUCAAACUGCACCAGAGGACUCACACGGGAGAGAAGGAGUACAGCUGCUCGUACUGCAGCAAGAGCUUCAGCAGGUCGGGGCACCUGAAGAGACACGAGCUGGUCCACACCAAAGAGAAGGUUUACCUCUGCAGCCAGUGUGGAAAGACCUACACGGACCAUUCCUCCCUCAAGAAGCACCUGAAGAUGCACGCAGCCAAGGAGCAGAAGGCUCAGAGCGAGGGGAGCACCAGCGAGGCCGAAACCGCCCGAGCCUCAGCUCCGGAGACACUGUCAGACACUGAGAGGAAUCAGAACCAAACUCUUGGAGAUGAGUAAUGUAAACGCUGAGAAUGAGUGCUGUGUGGGAUCUUAAAUCAAGGUCCUCCUUACUGGCUUUUAUUCGAGCUUUCGGACACAUCUCGUGGUCGUGUGCUGUCGCUGAAAGCUCCAGUAAAGUCUGGUAAGCGGAGCUCGAGUUACGAUCACUUGUCAAACUGCUGUUCCACGUUUCACGUUCACAACUGUAUGUGAUGUUUGUGUUACAGUGCAAUACACUGUCGUCUGAUCUUUGCUGUGAUUUUUGAGUAGGUCCAAAUAUUUAGCAAUACCGUAUGAUUGAUUUAUUUUAUCUUGAUUGAUAAACUCUAAUAUUCCUCUUGUGGUCUUCUCUCUCACAAACAGUGUCAAGAGACACAGACUGAACAUGGGACCUUUUUUAAAGAACGAUUGUUCUUUUAAACUUGCUGUAUGUUACCACUGUGUCUGUGGUAUAUUAAAGAAAUGCUUUAAAGGAAAAGAAUAUGUAUUGUUCCCAGAUUCUGACCUUUGACCUCCUUGUGAAGAAAAAUACAAUUUCCCCACAGGAGCCAGUAGAAAGUAAUAUAAUUGUUUUAGACUUAAGAUGCUUCUACACACAUUUAUACAGUUUGUAGUAGCCUGAGGUUUAGGAGCGUGUGCUGCAUCAGUGAAGAUCAUUAAUAUAUUGCUGUAUAUAGCUUUAACUACACAGUCAGCAGUCUGGUCCAUUGAACUGACAAGAAUGUAUUUAUAGGCUGUAGUAAUGUUAUUGCAAAUAUUCAGCUUCGAUUGAUCGGCA